GGCGGCGGCGGCGGCGGCGGCGGCGUCUCUGCACGGUCGGCCCGGCACUUACCGCCGGGGCAGUUGACGGAGCAUGGACGGCUCCUUCGUCCAGCACAGUGUAAGGGUUCUGCAGGAACUCAACAAGCAGCGGGAGCGGGGCCAGUACUGCGACGCCACCCUGGACGUGGGGGGUCUGGUGUUCAAGGCGCACUGGAGUGUCCUCGCGUGCUGCAGCCACUUCUUCCAGAGCCUCUAUGGGGAUGGCUCAGGGGGCAGUGUCGUCCUCCCUGCCGGCUUCGCUGAGAUCUUUGGCCUCCUGCUGGACUUUUUCUACACUGGCCACCUCGCCCUCACCUCGGGGAACCGGGAUCAGGUGCUCCUGGCAGCCAGGGAGUUGCGGGUGCCAGAGGCUGUAGAGCUGUGCCAGAGUUUCAAGCCCAAAGCCUCAGUGGGACAGGCACCAAGUGGCCAGAGCGGGCUGGGGAAACCUGCCCCUCGGGAUGUGAACAGCCACCUCAAGGAGCCAGCAAGCUUGGAGGAAGAGGAAGUUUCGAGGACGCUGGGUCCAACCCCCAGGGAUCAGGAGCUCAGCGGCAGUCCCAGCCUCCAGAGGCCCCAGCUGGGUCUCCCUCCUCAGAGUGAGAACCCCUCCUUCCUCCGUGGGAAACUCAAGCAGGCUCUGAAGCUUUGUCCCCCUGAGGACAAGGAGCCUGAGGAUUGCAGAGUGCCCCCAAGGCCCUUUGAGGCUGAAGGUGUCCAGCUGCAGGGCGGGAGUAACGAGUGGGAAGUGGUGGUUCAAGUUGAGGAUGACGGGGACGGCGAUUAUGUUUCUGAGACUGAGGCUGUGCCGACCAGGAGGAAAUCAAACGUAAUCAGAAAGCCCUGUGCUGCCGAGCCGGCCCUGAGUGCAGGUUCCCGGGCAGCCGAGCCUGCUGAGAACAGAAAAGGUACAGCGGUGCCGGUUGAAUGCCCCACAUGUCAUAAAAAGUUCCUCAGCAAAUAUUAUCUAAAAGUUCACAACAGCAGGAAACACACUGGGGAGAAACCCUUCGAGUGUCCCAAAUGCGGGAAGUGUUACUUUCGGAAGGAGAACCUCCUGGAGCACGAAGCCCGGAACUGCAUGAACCGCUCGGAACAGGUCUUCACGUGCUCCGUGUGCCAGGAGACAUUCCGCCGGAGGAUGGAGCUGCGGGUGCACAUGGUGUCCCACACAGGGGAGAUGCCCUACAAGUGUGCCUCGUGCUCGCAGCAGUUCAUGCAGAAGAAGGACCUGCAAAGCCACAUGAUCAAGCUGCACGGAGCACCCAAGCCCCACGCCUGUCCCACCUGUGCCAAGUGCUUCUUGUCCCGGACGGAACUGCAGCUGCACGAGGCUUUCAAGCACCGCGGGGAGAAGCUCUUCGUGUGUGAAGAGUGUGGCCACCGGGCGUCGAGCCGAAAUGGGCUGCAGAUGCACAUCAAGGCCAAGCACAGGAACGAGAGGCCGUACGUCUGCGAGUUCUGCAGCCACGCAUUCACCCAGAAGGCCAAUCUCAACAUGCACCUGCGCACGCACACAGGCGAGAAGCCCUUCCAGUGCCACCUCUGCGGCAAGACCUUCCGCACCCAAGCCAGCCUGGACAAGCACAACCGCACCCACACCGGCGAGAGGCCCUUCAGCUGUGAGUUCUGCGAGCAGCGCUUCACGGAGAAGGGGCCCCUGCUGAGGCACGUGGCCAGCCGCCACCAGGAGGGCCGGCCCCACUUCUGCCAGAUCUGCGGGAAGACAUUCAAAGCUGUGGAGCAGCUGCGCGUGCACGUGAGGAGGCACAAGGGGGUCAGGAAGUUCGAGUGCACCGAAUGCGGCUACAAGUUCACCCGGCAGGCCCACCUGCGGAGGCACAUGGAGAUCCACGACCGGGUGGAGAACUACAACCCCCGGCAGCGCAAGCUCCGGAACCUGGUCAUCGAGGAUGAGAAGAUGGUGGUGGUGGCGCUCCAGCCGCCCACCGAGCUGGAGGUGGGCUCGGCUGAGGUCAUCGUGGAGUCGCUGGCCCAGGGCGGCCUGGCCUCCCAGCUCCCCGGACAGAGGCUGUGUGCGGAGGAGAGCUGCUCGGGCCAGGGCGUCAUGGAGCCCUCGCUCAUCAUCACGGCCGCCAUCCCCGAGGACUGUGACACGUAGUCCUCCCCGCCUCGCCCGUGCCCCCCGGCCCCCAGCCCACUUGGCCCCAUCCCCCAGUAAACCAUACGGCUUUGGACUCGAUGGUUCUGGCUCAUCCAGUGGCCUGUUCCCCGCGAACCUGGGCUCCAGGGAGGUGCUGCUUUCCCACCGUGUUGUCUAGAAGAAACGGUGUCCUGCCUGACCUUCCGUGCACCCCAGAGCUUGGCCGGCAGCUUCCCCACAUUGUUGGGAGACCCCAGCCAAGUGAAACUUGGGCAGGUAGCUUUGGGGGACAAGCCUCUGGCCCAGGGCGCUCUCAUCUUUCUCCAUCUGGCUUUUAAAACCGGGACCAGUGGCCAGGGCCCCGACGAUGGUGGCUGGCCCAAGACGGGGGCCCCGUUACUCUGCAGCCAAGUGGAUCUGGGAGCCGGAGGACAGUCAGGCUUGUGGCUAAGCGUGCUCUGGACCCUGGCUGGCGGCAUGACCACGGACAGAACCUUUCACUGGGGGAGAAGCUUGGUUUGCUUGUCCAGGAGGCUGGCUUGGCACACAGGCAGGGCCAGGCCUAGAACGGCAAGAGGCCCUGGUGGUACCCAGGUUCUGCAGCCUUGGGAAGAAGAGCGUGUGGGCUCGGGGGGCCAACUGCCUGCAUCCAGAUUCCUUCCCAGCUCUUUUUUAGAGCUGUGACCCAGGGCAAGUGUAGUUAAAUGCUUCACUUCCUUACUUUUGAAUGGAAUU